CCUACCAAAGUAACACCCCAAAUGUAAAAACCAAAUUUUUUCCUUCUCUCAGCUCAUUUGCUGAGAUGGGGUUUUCUUGGAUGGAGUGGAUGCUGCAGUUACCUAUUCCUAUCAGCUAGCCCAAGUUUGAGAAACGAUCAAUAUGGUACAGAGCCUCAUGGAGAGGCUAAGGCCUCUUGUGGGAUUGAAAAGCUGGGACUGGGACUACUGUGUUCUUUGGAAACUAAGUGAAGAUCAAAGGUUUCUGAACUGGAUGGACUGUUGCUGCGCCGGAGGAGGUGAAAACAGUACUCAAAAUGGUGGAGAAGAGCAUCUUUUUCCUGUUUCCAGUGUCCUUCCUUGCAGGGAUGCCAUGUCGCAGCACCUAAGAACCAAAUCUUGUGAUCUUCUUGCCCAACUGCCUUCUUCCAUCUCCCUAGAUUCUGGGAUUCAUGGACAGACCUUGAUCUCAAACCAACCCAGAUGGCUCAACUUCUGUAAUAGCUCAGAUUCAAGCAUUCUUGAAGAAACAGUUGGGACUGGGCUCCUGAUUCCAGUUCUAGGAGGACUAAUUGAGCUGUUUGUUGCUAAACAAGUAGCUGAGGAUCAACAUGUAAUAAACUUUGUUACAACACAGUGCCACAUGAUCUCAAUGGAGCAGGAAGCCAUUAUGAAUUCAAGCAAUAUCAAUUCAAUCUUCUCGGUUAAUGUCAAUGGAGGCAAUGCAGAUGAGAAUCAAAAGGAUCCCAACAAUCAUUUCCAGGCACCAAUUUCCCCAGUAACAGCAAUGGAGAACUUGAAUGAUCUGCCAAUCUCAGUCGACCGAAUCCGCCUAUGCAGCUCUCCCAUGAACUUCUUGCAGCAAUUCAGUUACACCUCUGAGAGUAGUAUCAAGAAUGAUGUCUUCUUUGAAGGAUCCCAUGACUCAUUUCUUUCAGAGAAGGCAAUGAUGAAUGCUUUAGAUUGUGGAUUUCAGGAGAUGGAGGCAAUGCAGAAGUCCAUGCAUAUAGAAAUGACGGAGCCUCUAGCAAACAAGGAGCAGCUGGGUGAUGAUCAUAAGGAUUCGAGUGCUAAAAGAACAGCGAACCAAGCUGAUUCAGUUUCAGACUGCAGUGAUCAGAUUGAUGAUGAUGAUGAUUUAAAGUUCCAAAGGAGGACAGGGAAAGGGGCUCAAUCGAAAAACAUCGAUGCUGAGAGGAGGCGAAGGAAGAAGCUUAAUGAUAGGCUCUAUGCGCUUCGUUCUUUGGUUCCCAAAAUAUCAAAGUUGGAUAGAGCUUCAAUUCUGGGUGAUGCAAUAGAAUUUGUGAAGGAGUUGCAGAAGCAAGCGAAGGAUCUGCAAGAUGAGCUUGAAGAGAAUUCAGAGGACGAAGGUGGGAAGAUGAAUGCAGGCAUCAACAGCAACCCCAACAAUCUCCAAUCUGAAAUUCUGAAUGACAAUGGAUCAGGAGUAAACAUUGGGCCUAAAACUGAAAAUGAAGAAACUCAAAACCGGUUUCUUAUGGGAGCAGCAGGCAAUGGCAUUGCCGCCAGUGCCUGCAGGCCGCCAUCCACCAAGCAGAACCAUGAAACCGAUCAAAUCACUGAUGACAAAGCACAGCAGAUGGAGCCCCAAGUGGAGGUGGCUCAGAUAGAAGGGAAUGACUUCUUUGUCAAGGUGUUUUGCGAGCAUAAGGCGGGCGGGUUUGUGAGGCUGAUGGAGGCUCUGAGCUCUUUAGGCUUGGAAGUGACUAAUGCAAAUGUAACAAGCUGCAAAGGCCUGGUUUCUAAUCUGUUCAAAGUAGAGCAGAAAAGGGACAGUGAGAUGGUCCAAGCUGACCAUGUUAGGGACUCCUUGCUCGAGUUAACGAAAAACCCAUCUGAAAAAUGGCAUGGUCAGAUGGCUUACGCUUCGGAAAAUGGCGGUGGCUUGGACUUCCACAACCAUCACCACCACCAUCACCUCCACAGCCAUCUCCUCAGUUCCCAUCACCUCCACCACAUUCAGAAUUAGUCAUAUGAUCAUCUUCAUGGUUCCAAAAAGGAAGUUUAUGAAAAAUAAGUGAAAGGGGAUUAUUAAUUCUCUACCUCUUUAUACCCUUAUCUGAUCAGUUUAUCAAUUUUGCUUUAAUUUUCUUUUUGCCAAGCAUUCGUGGCCACUAUUGAGAG